AUGCCUCUGCUUGCACGAGACUGGGCUGCAGAAACAGAAACAAGAACAGAAUCGUUGCCUGGUGGUGUGAUCAAAAAGACAUAUAUAAGAACAACAAGUACCACGCCUAGAGUUAUUUUUGGUAUAUUCACUGUUGGAAUUACUGAAGUCAUAGGAACACAUUCAGUGGAAAUAUAUGAAUAUUACUAUGGAAAUACAAAUCUGGGUGCGACCAAAAAUGCGGCCGCUGAUACUGCAAAUACAAAAGGAGUAAAAUUAUGUGAACAGAAGAAUUUUAAAGAAGCAGGAAAUUGGUUUAAUGCAGCUUAUCUCACAUGUAGUCAUGGCUAUAAGGACGAGAAAACAUUUUCGGAUAGUGUCGCAGCGGCAAAAAUUGCUGCUGAAGGACAGGAAUUGCAUGAUCGUAGUAAAUUUCGAGAAGCAGCAGCUAAAUUUCAGGAAGCUUAUAAUAAAUCAAAUGUUAGUGAACUCUAUGCUAUAUUUUCUACGUGCAGAAACGCUGCAAAUGCUGCAGCUGAACGAGAGGCUAAAGCCCAGCGAGAAGCUGCUGAAAGAGCCCUGCGAGAAGCUGCUGAAAAAGCCCAGCGACAGGUUGCUGAAAGAGCCCAGCGAGAAGCUGCUGAAAGAGCCCAGCGACAGGCUGCUGAAAAAGCCCAGCGACAGGUUGCUGAAAGAGCCCAGCGAGAAGCUGCUGAAAGAGCCCAGCGACAGGCUACUGAAAGAGCCCUGCGAGAAGCUGUUGAAAGAGUCCAGCGACAGGCUGCUGUGCGAGAAGCUGCUGAAAGAGACCAGCGACAGGCUGCUGAAAGAGCCCAGCGAUUGGCUCCUGCAGGAGCCACUCGGUGGGCUCCUGCAAGAACCCAGCGAGAGGCUGUUGAAAGAGCCCAGCGAUGGCCUCCUGCAAGAGCCCAGCGAGUGGCUCCUGCAGGAGCCCAGCGAGAGGCUGUUGUAAGAGCUGUAGUAGAAAGUAUGGGUGAAAUUGUAGCUGUAGGGUCAGUUUUUCUCAAAAGGGCGUUAUAUUCUACGAUACAAGGUAUCACUUUGAUCGUUCCUUUCGUAUGUGUAGUAGUGUUCUGGAUAAUGCAGCGAGUUUUGAAGUUUCUAUGGAUAGUAACUCAGGAAGUUAUACGAGUUGCGCCAGUAGCAACAAAAACUAUGGGUAUUGCUUUGAGUAUAGUUGCAGUUUUAGCCCAAACUGCAUUACGUGGCACACAAAAAGCUAUUAGUAUCACCGGGUUUCUAGCAGUGGCGGCAGUUACACAAGCUCUACCAAUAAUGACCAACGCAGCUACUACUCUAAUAAAAGGAGGAUGGAACAUGAUGGCAAAGGGUUUUGUCGCUUUAGGUACAGGUUCACUUAAGAAGUUACAAAGACUACGUACGGAAAGGACAGAUAAAGAUAAGGGACGAGCUGCAAAGAUUGCAGUCGAGAAGAAAGCAGCUGAGGAGCAAACAGCAAGUAUUGCAGCCUGCUGGAAGAAAGCGGCUGAGAAGCAGGCAACUCAGCAGCAGGAUACAGUGAUUGCAGCGCACUGGAAGCAGCUAGCUGAAGCAUUAAAACUAAAUGAAGAAGGAUUAAAGUUAUUCCGUGAGGGAAAAUUUAAAGAAGGGACUAAAGAAAUAGAAUCAGCACUUGAUAAAUAUGUGGAAGCAGUUUCAAAAUUUAAUAACGCUGCUAAGAAAAAGGCUCUAGAUGUCAUUUUUAAUUCGUUUAUAAUGGUGAUAGAUGCACUUAUUAAGCAGGAGGCAUAUGACGAGGCUCAAGAGACUAUAAAUUAUGCUAAAACACAUUUUCCUCAACAUAAUGCUGCUUUCACGGAAGCAGAACGAAUGAUAAAUAGCCAUGUUUGGUCUCCUGAUUAUGAACGCCAAAAUCUGAUCAAAUUAGAUCAGGAAUUAUCAGUGGAUAAUAUCAUCAAACUUUCAGAAGGAUGUUAA